GCAGGGCCAGAAGGUGGGGAAGGUGUCAUGUUGGACCAUUGGAGUGAGACUGCUGCUCUCUCACAGAGUGUGGGGGUCAGGGGUGGACUGACCAUUUGGAAACUCAGGCACUGCCUGAGGGCCUGGGGUCAGUAGGGGGCCCCAUGAGAUGCCACUGGUACCUUUUUCAUAGGCUUUUUUGAGUUUUGCCAAGGACAUAGGGGCCCCAUGAUCCCCUAUUGCCCAGGGGCCCCAUGAGUUGUCAGUCCACCCCUGGUGGGGGUGCUCAU